UGUUGUCAGUUCUGCGUCCCAUCAUGGCGGCCAAUACGGGACGGGACUAUCCAGAGCAGGGACUGGAGGGAGGAGCAGCCUGGAACGGUGACGUAGGAUUGGAAUGAGGGAGUGAAUGUUCCGGGUCAGAAACUGGACGGGAGAGGAAAUUGACUUCGGGACGAUAUAGAGAAACAACCAAUGCUGCCCGCCUCUACACUGAGAUGUAGUCUGAGUUGUUUUACGCUACAAAGAGGGUUUUAAAGCAGCUGGGAGCGACGUGAGACGAGAAUUAAAGUGGAGGGGGGGGAGACAGGUGCCUACAAAGUAACGUGUGUGUUGUGUGACGACGACGGAGAGUUACUCCAAUGUUCGUCGCAACCUGACGGAGGUUUAGCUCGGUAACAUUACCGCGACUUAUUUUCUUGUUUUCUUGCCGGUGAGUUUCGCUUCGUUGGUGUGUGACGGUGAAUCCAGGACUGUCUCGCCAUAGCAAUCUGUUGCAUCCCCGUGUUUCCCGCUGUUUAUUUAUUGGACGGGUACGAGAUUUGUCCUCACUCCCCCCGUGAUGUUUCAGUGCAUACCCCUGUGGCGGUGCAACCGUCACGUCGAGACGAUCGAUAAAAGCCACUGCUCUCUGUUAUAUGUGCCCGAUGAGAUUUAUCGCUACGGACGGAGUUUGGAGGAGCUUCUGCUGGAUGCCAACCAGCUCCGAGAUUUGCCCAAGCCAUUUUUCCAGCUGGUGAAACUAAGAAAACUGGGCCUGAGUGACAAUGAGAUCCAGAGACUUCCACCAGAAAUAGCAAACUUCAUGCAGCUUGUAGAACUGGAUAUCUCUCGAAAUGAUAUUAUAGAAAUUCCAGAGAGCAUUUCAUUCUGCAAAGCUCUCCAAGUGGCAGAUUUCAGUGGAAAUCCAUUAACAAGGUUACCCGAAAGCUUUCCAGAGCUACGGAAUCUAACAUGGCUCUCCAUCAAUGAUAUUUCACUACAAGUUCUUCCAGAUAACAUUGGAAAGCUUUCUAAUUUGGUGGCACUAGAACUCAGAGAAAAUCUGCUGACAUUCCUGCCAGAAUCAUUAUCUCAGCUUCAAAGACUUGAAGAACUUGACCUAGGAAGUAAUGAACUAUACAAUUUGCCAGAGUCAAUAGGAUGUCUUGUCAGUUUAAAGGACUUGUGGCUUGAUGGAAACCAGCUGGCUGAAAUACCUGCAGAGAUGGGCAGUAUGAAGAACCUGUUGUGUCUGGAUGUGUCUGAAAAUAAACUGGAGCGGCUUCCAGAGGAGUUGGGAGGCCUGCUGUCACUUACUCACCUGCUGGUGUCUCAGAACGUCAUUGAUGCUUUACCAGAAAGCAUUGGAAAACUACAGAAACUUUCUAUCUUGAAAGUGGAUCAGAAUAAGCUAACUUUUCUUCCAGAGAGCAUCGGCAACUGUGAAAGUCUUACUGAACUUGUGCUCACAGAGAACAAGCUACAGAGUUUGCCCAGGAGUAUUGGGAAAUUAAAGCGACUUUCCAACUUUAACUGUGACAGAAACCAGCUAAUGUCAUUACCCAAGGAGAUCGGUGGCUGCAGCGGUCUGAAUGUCUUCUGUGUGCGAGAGAACAGACUGAUGAGGAUACCAUCAGAGCUGUCACAAGCCACAGAACUGCACGUGCUCGAUGUCUCUGGAAAUAGGCUCACCCACUUACCACUCUCACUGACCACACUACGGCUGAAGGCCUUAUGGUUGUCAGAAAACCAGUCACAGCCUCUCCUCAGCUUUCAGACGGAUGAGGAUCCGGAAUCAGGCGAGAAGGUGCUCACCUGUGUGCUGCUGCCUCAACAGCCAUCUGAACCAGACAAUAAAGGCUAUGAUAAACUUUCUCGCUGUGGAGCCCUGGAGAGCCUGGUGAACGACGUGGCAGACGACACGUGGGACAAUAAAGUCACACACAGGAUCAGUGCCAUUCACUUCCUGGAUGAGGAGGAGGAGGAGGAUGACGAUAAGGGUACACUACUUCGACGGGCCACGCCUCACCCCGGCGAGCUGAAAACAAUGAAGAAAGCAGCCGAGAACCUGCGCAAUGACCUGAACGCUGCUAAAGGCCUGGACUCCAACAAAAACGAGGUCAAUAACACUGCAGACAGAGCGACCACGACGUCCGUGUGACCUUUACCUCAAAAGUGAUUUUUUUUUUUCUUUUACCUCCUGUCUCUGUGUCGUCCUGCACAACCCCGCAGUCCCCUGUUUUUACCUACAACCCCCCUCCCCCGGAGUUUGUAGGUAAUACUACAAACCCUGGUGUAGCCUGCCCCUCCUCUGAUUAAAUCCUGGGAUGCCUGUAACCUUACUCCACCUCCAGUCCUGUGUAAAAUGUGUUUGACUUCAGUCUACAAGGGCUGCCUUCCUUUUUUAAAUUAAUGUCCACAGCAAUAAUCUGCACAGAGAUGCUCCUUUUUAAAAGAUGUUUUAAAGAUUUAUUGCUUUUUAAAAUAAAUCUCCUUUUAAAACUAUACAUUAGGUAGUUGCACUAUAAGUCUAUGAUGUGGCCAAACCUUAAAUGUAUUAUAUAUCUGUUCUAUAACUAUUUUUUUUAAACACUGGGUGAAUACUUUUUACAUUUUGGGCAAACAUAAAAGCAUGAGUCUAUGGACCUACUGAGUAAUGAUUAUUGUACAGUCUCUUGUGAAUAUUGAAACUUUUAUACUUUUUGGCAGCUCAGAUGUAAAUAAAAAUGUAUAGCAAAAUUGUUAAUCAGUUGCAGGUUUUUCUUCUUUCUUGUUAAAGCAGCGAAUUAAACACAGUCACUAAUGUCUUAUUCAGUACAUAUAAUUGUCACUGGGUGAGAGGAUGGCCUUAAAUCUUUUCUUUUUGUUCAUCUAUAAAACAUCCAGACCUAUUUUUGACUAAUAAAUAGAUCUGAUUUAAUAAAGUUUGGAUUUAAGUAGUGCAAAAUCAACCUUCACUCAUCUGCUAUGUAAUUAUGCAGAAUUAACAAUGCUGUCUUAUUUAUAUGUGCUGUACUUCACUGCUUUGUAAUGUUUUUCCAGUAGAUGCCAAAAACAGCUUUUGUUUUUAAAAACAUUUGUUUCCUUUUAAUGAGUACUGUACAGAAUAAUCAUUAUCAUCUGCUGAGGAUGAGGUUCGUACCGCAAAAAUGCAGUUGUUAGAAGUUCCACUUCUAGUGCACUUCUCAGUGUUUCUCAAAUCCUAUUCUUUUAUAUGGUAUAUAUUCAAUUGUAUGGUUUUGUUUUUAAAUCAGAGAAGUUGGUUCAAAGUGUUGGUUUUAUGUUUUUAAUUAUUUCCUGAUCAAACUGCACAAAAACAAAUCUCAAAUAGCCCCCGGUCCUUGAGAUUUGAAUGACUUUAUAACCACUGAUUAAUAAAUUGAGUG